UAUGGGCUUUGACAGGUGUGCCGCACCUAAACUACCAUACUCGCGACUCGAAUCGAUAUACACUGCUUUACUCACGUUCAAAGAGAUGACUCAAAUCUUGAUCGCUCUUAUUAUUGGAGAACAGAGAGGCCCAGAAUUAGCCUUCAGGCAUUGCUACUUGUUCAUCCUCUUCUUCUUGAGCAGGACCACCUCCGCUUUGGCUUCCACUGGUGACACAGUCCCCCUCGCUUAUUUAAUUCCAACCCAAAUCCAAUCUUGCAGCAGUCUUCAGCUCCGCAAAGCAAUGGAGAUCUUGAACUGGAUGCACCGCAAGCUGCAACCCAGCAGCAACUACUCUCAGGUUUCCCAAAAGAAAGAUGCCUUGUGGGAAGACGCCGAAGAGACGAGAGAGACGAUGGUGGAGAGCGACACCGACGCGCUGCUUCUCCAUGACAUGCACAAUGGCAUUCUCGCCAUUGGCACCUUCAGCCACCACCACCCUCUCGUAUCUCGGUCCCACUCCGAUCCAGAAGAGUUCCGUCGGGAGGAUAGAAAAGAAACCCAAGGAGCGGAGGGAGCUAAGCUGUUUGCGGUGGCGAGGGAACCGUCGUUCAAGAUCAAGUUGCCGGUGGAAGAUGAGAAGACGAGAACAAUGGAGGUGGUGCAGGUGCAUGAGGUGUUGCAGGUAUCCGAGAAGAAGAUCCUUGAGCUGCCAUUGCUGAAGGAGGACCAGGUCAAGAGAGAGAGGCGAAGAAGGACGACGCUGGCAGAUCUGCUUGCGGGCAACGCACUUGAAGAGAACGGAGCCAACCUUGGGGGGCAAGCAUCAGGCAAUCCAUGUCGACAAGAACAUGCAGCGCAAGAACAGUGAAGGAGAGAAGCCACCUGCAGACAACAGAAAGCUACAAACAGUACAAGUUUCCACUUACUAUUGCUUGUAGUGAACACUUUGUUGAGGUGAGUGGGAAUGUGUUUUGUUUGUUUUGGUCUUCCAGUUUGGUGUGUGUGUGUGUGGCUAUCUUGGAACCCUGAUAAAAAUAAAGCUGGUGUAAGAAGAUUCCUUGAU